AUGUCCGAAAUCGAUAACAAUAAGGUAUUGAUUAAAGAAAUUGAGAAAAUAGCAAACAAUAAGAGAAAGCAACAAACAGAAUGCGAAGAGGAUCCACAACCGCUAUUGACGACGACGGAAGACAGUGUAAAGAAAGAGGAUAGGUCGAAAAAAAGAUACCGAAUAAACGUCGAUGACGCCGCCGUAAAUGAUCAAAUGGAUUGGACUAGUUCAACUUAUUCGGAUCAAGUAGCAAGUAAUUUGGCGUCGUUAGCGCCAUAUAUUAUAGCAAAAAGCACAACUAAAAAUCAAAUUACGAGUCCACAACCGCUAUUGACGACGGGAGAUAGUGAAAGGAAAGAGGAUAUGUCGAAAAAAAGAUCCAGAAUAAACGUCGAUGACGCCAUAAAUGAUCAAAUGGAUUGGACUAGUUCAACUUAUUCGGAUCAAGUAGAAAGCAAUUUGGCGUCUUUAUCACCAAAAAGCACAACUGAAAAUCAAAUAAUUAACCAGCAACAAAUUGACGAAGAAAAAAAUGAAACUGCAAUGAAUGAUUUAUUGAUCCUCUUUGAAAAUAGUUUCAAAUAUAAUGAAAAUUGUAGAGCAAAUUUAAUAAAAUUUGCUACAGUAUUAUUUAUCACUUUGGUAUUAAUGUUGACAAAGAUUAUGAUCGAGCAUUACAACAUUAUCAGCCAUUAG